GUUUUCUUUGAAAAAGUGAAAAGAAAAAAAUGAUAGAAUGUGACGUCAACAAACAACUUAGAACUCGCUUUGCAAAGAAGAAGCAAAGUUCAAUAUCAGAUCUAAUGACAUGAAUAGUAAAGCAUUUACCAAAAGAAUGACGACGGUAUUCCGAAUCGAAACAAGCAUGGAAAGGGGGCUGUUAAAAAAGAAGAGAAGAAGAAGGGAAAGAAAACGAAGAAGAAUAACACGAACAAAAACAAGGAAAAGAAAACAACAAAAAUACAUAUCCUCUCUGAAACCCCUUUGCUCCCCCGCAGCGCUGCAGACGCGGGCGUUCGGCCUCCAGACAGACGUGGAAAGGCCGGCCUCCACGACGUCCUUCGUGAGGUACGACUUCCGAUCGGAGGCCGAGGAGAGGCCGCCCAUCGCCGAGGCCACCCUCUGCUACCGCUUCUCCAUCGCCCGCUACAGGAGCAUCGUGCCCUUCGUCUCGUACGCGUACUCGGACAAGGCGGACAACGCCAUCCUCGUGUGUUGAGGUAGACGUUUUUUGUUUGUUCCAAUAACGAAUUGCUCUUUGUGCCGAGCCUUCGCUAACUGAUGAAUUAACAACAGGUUUGAAAGUGCAAUAAAUUGCCGAAAGAGCAUCAAAUUUCUUCUCGGAAUCAUAUCUUGAUUGGCCUUUGCAAUAUUUUUUCGCAAUGUCUUCACUCGGCUUGUUUCACCAUUAGCCAGAAGUGCCUCGGCUGCCUUUCUCUCUCGCCUGCGUCUGCUCUCGCCCAAUCCAUCCUCUUAAUGCUGUUUGCUUUCACUCCAACAUAACCUGUCGACAUAAUAACUUCUCUGAGACUGCAUUGAGCUUCCGCGGAAUCCGUAAUGAGAGCGCCAUUGAGCAGGGCCGCGGGGAGGAGCAGGGCCAGAAGAGGAGUGGGGCUGCCUGUUGUGAUAUGGAAAAGCUAGAUAUGCGUCUCAUUAUCACAUCAUCAAAAUCAUUAUCAUAUUAUAUCAUAUGAUUAUUAGAUCUGUAUUAUACUGUAUCAUCAAGAUCAUUACAGCAUCAUGUUACCAAAUUGUUUUAUUCUUUUAUCAUUAUUAUCAUUAUUACUAGAUAUGCAUUAUUUUAUUAUAUAAUCAUAAUUAUUAUAUUACUAAAUCUAUUACUAUUAUCAUUACUAGGUGUAUAUUAUAUUAUAAUGAUAUUAAAUGCUGGAUAUGUAUCAUAAGCUAUAUGACUACGCAUCAGGUUCGAGAUAGAGAUUAAGAUGGUUAGAGAAAGAUGGAGAUAAACAAACGAAAGAUAAUGAUAGUAAAAGAUAAAC